AAGCAGAAGGCAUAGGAAUUGGUGAUGGAAGACGAAGAAGAGACUCUUCUUUUUCCCUCUAUUUCUCUCUCUCUCUCUCUCUCUCUCUCAAAUAGUAAAUAUUCCUUCUUGCUCUUUCUACCGCAAAUUUUCUCGGGAAAAUAUUCGGUGAAGGAGGUUUAAGUGACUAGUCCUAUAUAGAUCUGUGAAACUUGUCUUUGCUUUUUCGUAGCUGAACUAAGUGAGCGGUUAGAUUCUCUUGCAACCUUAAAAAACAUUGCUUGCUUCUUUUCUGUGACUGGUACUUUUGAUCAAUUAUCUGCAGGUUGAGUAUAAUGCGCUAGUUUUCAGUUUCAGUUGUACUUCUAGCAAAUGAAAGUAUGUGCUAUGGAUGGGAGAGGUUGAAGCUCUCGCCGUCUCCAAUAGCGCAUUUGAUUUCUUUUGAAGAAAGUAGGCAAACCAACAUAGACAUGAAUCAGUUAACUGUUGAGACUGAAGAUACUUUUGCAAGCUUGCUUGAGCUUGCAGCUAAUAAUGAUGCUGAGGGCUUUAAGAGAUCAAUUGAACGGGACCCGUUGUGUGUUGAUGAGGUUGGAAUAUGGUAUAGUCGUCAGAAAGGCUCCAAGCAAAUGGUUAACCAACAUAGAACCCCGUUGAUGGUCGCUGCAACUUAUGGUGCUGUUGAUGUUAUAAGGAUGAUUCUUUCUCUAUCGGAUGCUGAUGUCAAUCGAUCUUGUGGCCUAGAUAAGAGUACUGCCCUUCAUUGUGCUGUGUCUGGUGGGGCAGUGAAUGCUGUUGAUGCUGUGAAACUGCUUUUAGCAGCAGGUGCGGAUCCCAAUUUGGUGGAUGCUAAUGGUCAUCGUCCAAUUGACGUUAUUGCUGUUCCACCAAAGCUCCAAGAUGUGAAAUAUACUCUUGAAGAACUUCUUGCUGCUGAUGGUUCUGCAUUUGAGCGCAAUCCGAGGGUUUCUGGAGCUACCUCGAAUUCAAAUUCUCCACCUCUUUCACCUUCUGUGGAAAAUGGCUCUUCACCGUCCUCAUUAGAGUCUCCGGUGAAGUCAAAGCAAAAUGAUGCACCUGUUUACUCCACGUCAGAGAAAAAGGAAUACCCAAUUGAUCCAUCUCUGCCAGACAUCAAGAACAGUAUAUAUUCAACUGAUGAAUUCCGAAUGUAUUCAUUCAAGGUGCGGCCCUGCUCCCGUGCCUAUUCUCAUGAUUGGACCGAGUGCCCAUUUGUUCAUCCAGGGGAAAAUGCUCGAAGGAGGGAUCCUAGGAAGUUCCAUUACAGUUGUGUUCCAUGUCCAGAUUUUCGGAAAGGGGCUUGUAGACGAGGAGAUAUGUGUGAGUAUGCUCAUGGAGUUUUUGAGUGCUGGCUUCAUCCUGCGCAAUACAGAACCCGGCUAUGCAAAGAUGGUACAAGUUGUGCUAGGAGAGUUUGCUUCUUUGCCCACACUGUGGAUGAACUCCGUCCAUUAUAUGUAUCCACUGGUUCUGCUGUUCCCUCUCCUCGCUCAAGCACUUCAAGUGCUACUGCAAUGGAUUUUGGUGCAGCCAUGAGCCUCUUGCCAGGUUCACCUUCUUCAGUAUCAAUUAUGUCUCCUUCGCCCUUCACUCCACCCAUGUCUCCAUCUGGCACUGGCAUGUCACAUUCUUCUGUGGCUUGGCCCCAACCAAAUGUCCCAGCCUUACAUCUUCCUGGAGGCAAUCUUCAGUCCAGUCGCUUGAGAUCUUCCUUUAAUGCUAGAGACAUCCCGGCUGAAGAAUACAGCAGGAUGCCGGAUUUUGAUGUGCAGCAGCAGCAGCUCCUAAAUGAGUUAUCCAGUCUCACACAACCAUCAUUGAGUAAUAACUCUUUGAGCCAUUCUGGUCGCUUGAAAACCCUAACCCCUUCUAACCUUGAUGAUCUCUUUUCUGGUGAGAGCUCUUCUCCUCGGUAUGCUGAUCAAGCUUUGUCUGCAGCUGUUUUCUCUCCAACUCACAAGUCUGCGGUUCUCAAUCAAUUCCAGCAGCAAAGCAUGUUAUCACCAAUCAACACAAAUUUUUCUCCUAUAAAUGUUGAUCACCCUCUGUUGCAGGCCUCUUUUGCAUCCGGCAGAAUGUCACCUCGAAAUGUGGAACCCAUUUCGCCUAUGAGCCCUCGAUUGUCCAUGUUGGCUCAACGUGAAAAACAGCAACAGCAGCUACGUAGCCUUAGUUUUAGGGAAAUAGGCUCCAAUGCAGCUGCCACUGUUGGCUCCCCAGUAAGUUCCUGGUCAAAAUGGGGUUCUUCAGAUGGGAAACCAGACUGGACUGUUAGUGCUGAUGAGUUGGGUAAGCUUCGUAGAUCAAAUUCAUUUGAGCUUGGUAAUGGGGAGGAGCCUGAUCUAUCAUGGGUGCAAUCACUUGUUAAAGAAUCUCCGACUGAGAUGAAGGAAAAGUUGGCCAUGCCCAUUUCCACUAGUGUUGCAGCUAGUGCCUCUUCAAGUGAGGAUCUGAAUAUGAACUCCCAAAUCGAAUCAGUUGAUCAUGUAGUUGGGGCGUGGAUUGAGCAAUUGCAUAUUGAUCAGCUUGUGGCUCAGCAAAAUUGAAAUCAAUUCUGCAGAGUCCUGAGACACUGAAACAGGCAAGAUUUUGGUAGAUAAUUUCAUGUGUUUUCGGAUUUUGUUGUUAGCGGUGUUGAAGGUAAGGUAACACUAACAACAGAAGGUGGGAAAGUGAGAAAAAGUCACUUUGGAAAGGAAAAAAAUAUUCAUUCGCCAUUUUAUUGUUACAGCAGAAGUUAGAGAAAAAGAAAAGGUGGUAUAACCUUCUGGGUUAGAAUCAAAAGAAAUUGAGCUCAAUCUAGGUAUAUUUUUUUUUCUUCAAAUAUUUUCAAAUAUUAGAUUUCUAUUAUUCUCAUUUUUUCAACCUUUCUAUGAUGAGCAACAUGUUAAAGUUACACUGUAACUAAAUAGCAAAUGUUUGUCACCUCUUGUAUUUUUCUAUGACCUUAAAAUUCAAUGGAGUCAUGAGUUUUAAGUAA